ACCACCACGCCGAAGAGGAAGAGGACGAAGACGAAGUAGAAGAGGAAGCAGAAGAGGAAGAAGACGAAACGGUGGGCCUAGACACAGACAUGUCCUCCUCCAGCCAGGCGCCGGAGUCGUGGAUCAGCGCCUUCUGCUCCCUCGUCGGCCACGAGUAUUUUGCCGAAGUGAGCGAGGACUUCAUCGAGGAUGAUUUCAAUCUUACGGGCUUGCAGAGUCAAGUGCCGAUGUACAAGGAGGCACUGGAGAUGAUUCUCGACGUCGAGCCGGAGGAUACGAGUGAAGGAGAUGAGGAGGAGGAAGAGGAGGAGGAAGAUGAAGACGAGGACGAGGAUGAAAUGCAGGAUGGGGCCGGAAGGGGCUACAGGAGGGGCCAGAGUGCUGCGGACCGGCGACACAUGCGGAUGGCGAGCGAUUUCAGCGUCAUCGAGAGUUCCGCCGAAAUGCUGUAUGGUCUCAUACACCAGCGUUUCAUCACCAGCCGGCAGGGCAUACAACAGAUGGCGGAAAAGUACGACCUGGGCCAUUUCGGCCAAUGCCCGCGAGUAUACUGCCACGGCGCAAAGGUGUUGCCGGUGGGAUGUUCGGACAUCCCGGGCCAGGAGACGGUGAAGCUGUUCUGCCCCAGCUGUCUGGACGUGUACAGCCCGCCCAACAGCCGCUUCCAAACCGUCGACGGCGCCUUUUUCGGCACCACCUUUGGCUGUUUGUUCUUCAUGACUUUCCCCGAUCUCGACGUGGCGGGGACAAAACCGCCUACGAACGGCAGCAACACACAACAAUCGGACCCGACCCCGGCAUCAACAUCCACCCCUCCGGGCAGCAUGAACCACACCACCAACUUAGACCGCGUCAACCCUCGCUCUUCAAUUGCCUCCUCCCUCACCUCUCCCCCGGCCACCUUCUCCUCAAACAAUAACAACAACAACGCCUCCUCACAGCCACAACAACCCGCCCAACAAACCACCCCUCUCCCCCCACAACCAGACUCCAUCAACGGCAUCAUAACGCGCAACCUCGCCCCCGGCCUCGGCGGCGUGAACUCCAUCUACGAACCGCGCAUCUACGGCUUCCGCGUAGCCGAAGUCUCCAAAACCGGGCCGCGCAUGAAAUGGCUCCGCAGCCGACCAGCAGACAUCAACGAACUAGACGAAGGCAAACUCUGGGCGCUCAAUCAAGAGACGGGAAUGGAAGUCGACGGCGAAGAGGAAGAUGCAGAUCAGGAAAUGGACGUCGAGCAUCAGGGUCAACAGCAGCAGCAGCAGCAGCAGCAGGAAGCGACGCGAGACGCUUUCGAGCUUAGGGGCGGCGGCGGGGGGGUCAAGAGGGAGAAUCACGAUGUCGAGACGGCGAGUUCGCAGGUGCGCGAGGUGGAGAAGCGGAAGAAGGCGAGUCGGCGGCGCUCGUCGCGGAGUACGGGCGGGGCACAGGCGGCGGCGGCGGCGCAUGAUGGCGCGGCGCUGCUGAAUGGGUCUGGCGGCACGGCGCUUGGGGUCGGUGAGGCGGGAUAGGCGGGUUGGAGAGGCACUGGUUUUAUUUCUCGAUGGCGAUGUG